AUGGCCCACUUCACAAAUAAGAUCGUCGUAGGUGUGGAUGUUGGUAUAACGUUCACUGGCGUCGUUGUAGCCCAUAUGAUACCGAACGAAGAGCCUGAAUUUCAGGUCAUCGAGGAUUGGCCUGGAAAAAAAGCCUUAAAAGUGCCGUCAAACAUAAGCUACCCGGGAAGGGAGCCUCGGUGGGGCUGGUGUGCCUACACCUAUCCCCCAACUUACGCAUGGUUUAAACUUUUAUUAGACCCUACAGGCCGCCCUACUGGGCCCCUGCCCGAGUCGUUUGCAAGCUUGACAUAUCAACAUCUGCUACAGGAAGCGCCGGGCAAGACCGCCGUGGACAUGGUCGGAGAUUUUCUCGGACGGAUACGUCAGUUCAUUCAAGACUAUUUGACAUCUCUUUGUCUUCUUACCGACAAGACGCUUGUACAAUUCCGUUUCUCUACGCCCGUAGCCUGGGAAGAGGAAGCUCAAAUGGCCAUGCGGACGGCCAUUUCACAAGCCGGAUUCCACACUAUAGGUCUGGAGAACGUUUUUCUCAGUUCUGAAUCGGAUGCGUCGGCCCGCUAUGUGUUAGAGCAGAAAAGCGAUAUGAUCCAGGUCGGCGAAAUAUUUUGCAUCUGCGACAUAGGCGGAUGCACCAUUGAUUCAGCCUGUUACCGGGUGGUGUCAAAAACUCCAGCUUGGGUGCUGGAACCCUUGAGUAAAUCCUCUGGUCACAUCGGUGGUGCAAUUCAGGCCGAUGUGCUCUUUCUCGCAAGGAUGCGUGCAAGAUUUCCGGAGGUGUUCGCCGAAGAAUUCGAUCGCAAUGGCGGUAUGGCAGGCCAAUUUAUGGCCAAAUUUACGGAACUGAAAGAAAAUUUUGAUGGCACCGGGGGAAUCCGUAGGCUGGUUUUUAACAUGAAUGUGGCUUCAAUCCCUGAUGACGCUCGCUGCCAUUAUGACGCUCAGACUGGAGAGGUCCUACUUUCUGUCGGCGAUAUGGAGGGUUUCUUUAAGCCGACCAUUAAGAGUUCUAUCCAGAUAAUGGGCGAUCAACUCAACGAGGUUGAUAUGAUGUGUCGAAAAUAUGGAGGCCAUCAGGUCUCCCACUUGUUUAUCACUGGAGGGUUCGCUGCCUCUCCUUAUGCUCAGAGCGUGUUCAAGGUCUUCUUUGAGCAGCGAAAGGUGCAGCUAACCGUCCCGGACAACCCUGCCAUUGCGACGGCCUACGGGUCGGCCCUUCUAGGUGUUUUUGAUGUGUCAUAUACCAUGGUGAAUUGCGCCCGCACUUACGGAAUUCACCAUGACGACUUCAUGCCAUUCAAAAAGGCAGGCCGGGAGCGACCCAUAAAAGAGCAAUUGGACCGGAUGCACAGCAAAGAAAAGGCGCCGAUCACCUGGAUAUUCAAGAAGAAUAACCAGUACCAGGCGGUUGAGAAGUACACCUGGGGAUUCGAGCUUCUGCAUCAGCACAACAUGCCGUUGAUCAAACCGAUUGCUAUCUACUCAGUCGACGACCCCAGCCCAAGCUCGAAGCCCGAAUUGCUCGACCCGGUUCAUUCAAGUCUACUCGACUAUGUUCAACUCGAUCUGUCUCAGGUUGACUUGACCCGCCACCCUCACAUAAAUGACAAUGAGGGGCACACAUUCUUCCAAAUUCUGGUUUAUGUACAGGCCACCCUCUGUCUCAAGAAAGGGGAGUUGAGCUUCCAAUGUUUAGUAGGCGAAAUCAAUUGUGGCAGUUGCAAGGUCUAUACAGUUUGGGCAUAA